UCUCCCAGGAGUUCCGUGGUGCGCCGAUAUUGACUCGCUCAAUUCGAUGGAGUACAACAUCCAGUACUCCUUCCCGAAAUCCACUGCAUUUUUCGGGCGCGGGACAGCUGCGUUGUUUGAAGCCAAAAUGAAAGGCUUCCUCGACAAACCUUAUUCCUGGGGGAAGCUUGAGGACAUCCGCAAGAUCUUCUGGUUCUACCACACCCCUGUGUCAGAGUACGUGUUCCAACACUGGAAAGAUGAUGAAUUCUUUGGCUAUCAGUACCUCAAUGGCAUCAACCCAACUGUGAUCCAGAAAUGUACCAUGAUCCCGGAGAAUUUUCCUGUGACACAGGAGAUGGUGGCUGGGCCUUUAGGGGAUUUUACUACCCUGAAAGAUGAGCUGAAGAAAGGGACCAUCUACCUUGCCGAUUACAAGAUCCUGGAGGACGUCCCCACCAUCCAGGUGAAUGGGAAACAGCAAUACAUCGCCGCGCCUCUGUGUCUGCUGCAUCAAAAACCGACGGGCGAAGUCAUCCCGCUUGCCAUCCAGCUCAGCCAGCACGCCGGCUCCCAGAGCCCCAUUUUCCUGCCCACGGACGAAGAGUGGAUUUGGACUCUGGCCAAGACGUGGGUCCGGAACGCAGAAUUCCACGUCCACGAGGUGAUCGCCCACCUCCUCCGCGGUCACCUGAUGGCGGAGAUCUUCACCGUGGCCACCUUGAGGCAGCUCCCCAUGUGUCACCCAGUAUACAAGCUUUUGAUCCCUCACCUACGGUAUUCGAUCCAUAUCAACGUGUUGGCUAGAACUUUCCUGAUCUGCCAAGGAGGCACCUUUGACCGAGCCAUUGCCAUUGGGCGCAAAGGUCUAGCCGUUCUCCUGAAGAAGGCUCUCGAAAACCUGACCUACACCCACCUGUGCCUUCCAGACGACAUCGAGGCCCGGGGAGUCAGCUCUCUUCUGGAUUAUCACUACAGGGAUGAUGGGCUAAAGAUAUGGGACGCCAUUGAGAGCUUCGUCACCGGCGUGGUCGAACUCUAUUACCAGAACAACUUAGCCGUCCAGAGAGAUUACGAACUGCAAGCCUGGGUUUGUGACAUCUUCACCAAGGGGUUCCUGGCCAGGAGGACAUCAGGAAUCCCGUCCUCCAUCCGCUCGGUCCCUGAACUGAUCAAGUUCUUGACCAUGAUCAUCUUCACCUGCUCGGCCCACCACGCUGCCGUCAACAGCGGCCAGUUCGAAAUGGGAGCCUUCAUGCCCAACCUGCCGGCCUCCAUGAGGAAGCCCCCGCCUACGAUGAAAGCCCCCGUGAGCUUGGAAGAUUUUCUGGACACCAUCCCGGAGAUGAACAGCACCAGCCAGGUCCUCUCCGUCUUGUGGGUCCUGCGCAAUGAAAACUUCGACAUGAAGCCGUUGGGGGAGUACGACGAGGAACAUUUUGUGGAAGAAGAGCCCAAGCAACUGGUCACUGCCUUUCAAGCGCGUCUGGCCCACAUUUCGGAGGGGAUCAAGAAGAGGAACAUGUCGCUUGAGCUGCCGUACACCUACCUCGACCCGCCCAACAUAGAGAAUAGCACCACCAUCUAAGAUGUACUGGGUUUGUCGGGCUGUGCAUGUUUCCAGUCCACAGUGAUCAUUUUGUGAGGUGUUACUUUUUUCUUUUCUUUUCUUUUUAUAAUUCUGCCUCCUUCCUUCUGAGAUGAGGUUCCUCAAGAGGAGGAAAGGGAAAUAAUUCCAUUCCGUUUGGUUCUGUAUGUUUCUUUUAAAGAAUUGAAUUUCUCAAAAUUCUUCAUACAUUGAAUG